UUGAGGACGUCAUUUCUUAAGAAGCAGCACCUGACCUUAACUCUCUAUAAAACUAGCCCACACAAUAUAGCUGUUAAAUUCGUUCAUGUCACACACAGUCUGAUUUCCUUACUAGGGGGAAAACUACAGGGAAUGUUUUAUAAUUUUGCCAUGGGCAUGACAGAGUUUGUGUUUGAUUACACAUCUAUCGACUUUGCAAACUACACGGAAUAUAAUGAUACGUAUGGCACGGAUGAGUCUCACGGGUUCCACCACAGUUGCUCUGAAGAGGUUAUGUGCAUGUUGCUGCUGGUGGUAAAUGUGAUCAUAAUCAUCCUGGGAGUUGUGGGAAAUGGUGUGGUGAUGUGGAUAGCAGGAUUUAAGAUGAAGAAGACCGUCAACACCACCUGGUACCUCAGCCUGGCCAUUUCUGACUUCAUAUUUUGUGCCACCUUGCCCUUUAACACCUUCUACAUAGCCACAUCUGAGUGGAUCUUCGGACUUUUCAUGUGCAGGUUCACCUCCUUCGUGAUGUUUCUUAACAUGUUCAGUAGCAUCUUUCUUCUUGUCAUCAUCAGUGUGGAUCGCUGCAUUGCUGUCAUGUUCCCUGUUUGGGCACAGAACAAACGUACCAUAAGAAAGGCUUCAAUGAUAGUCUUUCUCGCAUGGGUUUUAGCAGUCUCUCUGAGUAUCCCAUCUACCAUUUUCCGUGAAAUAAAGCACCAUCUGGGCAGAACCCGAUGUCACAAUAAUUACAAUAUCCAGGACAUCCACUCGUAUAUAGCCAUCUGUCGGUUUAUUUUUGGUUUUCUUAUACCUUUUCUGGUUAUUAUUGCCUGCUACUCAGUCAUCAUCUGCAAACUGAGAAGCAACCAGAUGGCAAAGUCCACAAAGCCAUUCAAGAUCAUGACGGCUCUCAUUGGGACUUUCUUUCUCUGCUGGCUGCCGUACCACACAUUUGUGCUGGCUGAACUAACCCAGACCCUCUCUAAUGACAUUAUUGUCCUUGGGCUCAAGAUUGGGACGUCAGUCGCUUCAGCUAACAGCUUCCUCAACCCGAUUCUUUACGUCUUCAUGGGCAAUGAUUUCAGACAGAAGUUUAAGAACUCCAUCCUUUCUAAGAUCGAGAACGCGAUUGGAGAGGAAGGACGAACUAUGAGUCGCUACUUAUCCCGGUCCAGUUCUGUGGAUGCCAGAGCAUCGACUCACAUGUGAUUUACCCUGAACUUUAAAAACCAUGUGUUCAUGUAUACAUACUGUAUUUCAAUCAUUCAUGUUCUGUAGGGAAAUAUACACCUUUGAAUAAUCCAAAGUGAUUCAAUUCAAUUAAAUUUUAAUUGUAUGGCACUUAUAUAUAUAUAUAA